AUGGAAAUUCAAUCUCAUGUUGGUUGGAAUAGCACACAUCGGGGCCAACUGGUGGGCGAUUUGGCUGCGGCGACCAUCUCCGCGACCAUCGUAACGCCCGCAGUCGCACUCAUCGACCGAUCCAUCGUGGAGCAAUCUGCAUUCAGACAGCCAAUUCUCUACGGUCUCCGCCGACAUGCGAUCGCAGCCCUGAAGCAACCACACUUGUUUGUGUUCCAGCGUCCCUUCGGCUACGUUUGGGCUCUCUACGCGGCCACUUACUCGGUCGCCAAUGUGACCGAUACCGUCAGUCGCAAGCUGGGGAUAAGUGCAGCGGGGACAAUAACCUUUGCCACGACGAUGCUGGCAAAUGUGCCGUUAGCGCUGUGGAAAGACAUCCGAUUUGCACGUAUCUAUGGCUUCGGCAAGACUUCCGAUGCGAAGACCGGCAAUCCAACACCCCUCCGACAAAACAAAUCGAUCGCUCGAGCAGCCGCUGCUAUCUUCCUGGUACGCGAUGGUGUCACUAUCUUUGGCUCCUUUACGCUGGCACCUUGGCUGUCCGCCGCCAUCCCGGAUAACCUCGCGGCGCAUCCUCAUGCCAAGCCGGUUAUCACUCAAUUGACAGUGCCUGUGUUGACACAAUUAGUGGCGACUCCCUUGCAUCUGCUUGCAUUGGAUAUGUAUACGAGGCAGUAUCAUGUGCCCUUUGUGGAAAGGGUCAAACAGUCGCAGCAUUAUCUUGCGUCCUCCACUUUCACGCGUUGUGUUCGUAUUAUUCCGGCAUUUGGAAUCGGAUGCUUGACGAAUAUUGAAUUACGAGCUGCUUUUCACGAGAAAUUGACAUGA